GGGCUGGGUGUGGGCGUGGUGGGACUGGUACCGUCAUGUACCAAUCUUGAAAUUCACCAAAACAUGAUAUAUACGAAUCUCGGUCCCAUAUGAACCGCUAGGGACGGGUACAAGCCCCUAAAUUAAAAACAAUAGCUACUCAUCGGGGGGUCAAUUGGGUUUAACUUUAAUCAUUUUUCAGUUCCGGAUUGAUAUUUGCCCAAUCCAUAAUUAGCCAUUUUUCGGUUGAAUAUAUUCUGUCAUUCUUAUUAUCAUCAUCAUCAAUAAACAGUUGUAUUUGUCUAGUCAAAAACAAAUCAAAGGAAAGUUGAUUAUUAUUUUUCUGCCCUAAAAAUUAUGUAUAUCUACAUUACGAUAUAAAUAUUGUAGAAUAGUGUUGAAAUGUAAGAAAAGAAAAAAAUGGGACCGUGCGAGUGACUAAAGGGUGAAAUUGAGUUUUGGGUAGUCGGUUGUUACGUCUUAUCUAUAUAUAAAAAGGAAAGAAAGGGCAGAAAAAUUCAUUGAGAAGAAAGGGGUGGUAUUGGUAUUAUUGAGAACAACAAGAAGAAAGCUGCUGCUGAUGAUAAUAAUAAUAACAAUAAUAAUAAUAAGAAGAAGAAGAACAAGAAGAAGAAAGGUGGAGGAGACAUCAAAACAGAGGCGCGCGAGGAUAUGUUUGAUUCCGCCCUGUUUAUGAGGAAACUUGAUGAAUUCAUUGAGAGGAGUAAGAAGAAGACAGAUGAUCCUCCUCCUGGUGAUGAGCGUCAUGUUAAGGCGAUGCAAUUAUUGAAAGAGAUGCAUAAGAAGGCCAAGAUUGACUGGAAAUUAUUAGCUCAAGAACAAGAAAAACAAGGGGGUGGUGGUAUUAAUGUUGACAAGAAUACUACUACUAAUAUUAACAACAAAGAUGAUGCUGCACUAGUAGUAGGUGAGAAGCCGCUGCUGCUGAAUCAUCUGCUGGCUAGUCGCCGGGCUUCAGCACUAUGUCCUAAUGUGCCUUUGAGCAAGAAGCAGAAGAACAAGGCUUCCCUCGAGGAGUUUCGUAGACAGUUUGGCCCUCACCGUACCACCUUAACAACUGCCCGGAAUAUGUUUUUGCAGGAUGUUGCCUGGUCAAAGGACUUUCUUCGUCGACCAUGAUGCACUUCCCAAAUUACUACUUAUAUGCUUCUACUUAUUUACAACCACCUAGCUUGCUCUAUUGUUAGUUGCUGCUACUAUUCCAUUAUGUCUGUUUUGAUUCUCUCAACUUGAACUACCUACUCUGAUGAUGUUUGUUAAUUCCUACUACUUUUG